CCCUGCUCUCUCUCUCUCCAUCUCAGCUGAGCUGAUCGAUCUCCUCUUCCUCCUCCCUUUGGAUCUGGAAAUGUGGUUCUGUCUUUCGGACAUUUAAGAUUUAGAUUCAGUUCUGUUCUGUUCCAGAUCGCACGAUUCAGCCUCUGAUUUUCCGACAAAGGGUAAAGCAUACGUUAUUGGUUGAUAAUCACCGCCCAAGCGACAAGCAUGUGUGGUCUCUUUAAGAAAGUGGAUACAGAGAAGACUCCAUCAGACCAAGAGAGUGAUUCUUUGGCUGAGUGUGAACAUUCAUUUUCUGCUUUACUUGAAUUAGCUGCAGAUAACGAUGUGGAUGGCUUUAAGAAGCAACUCUCUGUUGUGUCUUGUAUCAACCAGGUGGGUCUCUGGUACAGACGCCAGAUGUUUGUUAGGAGAAUGGUUGUUGAGCAGAGAACACCAUUGAUGGUUGCUUCGAUAUACGGAAGUCUAGACGUUGUGAAGCUUAUUCUUUCUUUCCCUGAAGCUGAGUUGAAUCUCUCUUGUGGUCCGGAUAAGAGUACUGCUCUUCAUUGCGCUGCUUCUGGUGGUGCUGUGAACGCUUUGGAUGUUGUUAAGUUGCUUCUGAGUGCAGGGGGAGAUCCUAACAUCUCUGAUGCUCAUGGGAAUCGUCCUGUUGAUGUUCUUGUUGUGUCUCCUUGCCACGCUCCUGGUUUGAGAACCAUCCUUGAGGAGAUUUUGAAGAAAGAUGAGGUUGUAUCUGAUGCGUUGUCUUCUAGCUUGGGAUCAAGUUUCAGGUCUCUCUCAUCAUCACCAGAUAAUGUCUCUUCCUCUCUACUCUCUUUAGAGUCUGUAUCCUCUCCAACUAAGGCUAAUGGUGUGGAUGGAACUGAGAAGAAGGAGUACCCGAUUGAUCCAUCGUUGCCAGAUAUCAAGAGUGGGAUUUAUUCCACAGAUGAGUUCCGUAUGUUCUCGUUUAAGAUUCGUCCAUGUUCUCGAGCUUACUCCCAUGACUGGACUGAGUGUCCGUUCGCACAUCCAGGUGAGAAUGCGAGGAGAAGAGACCCGAGGAAGUUUCACUACACAUGUGUCCCUUGCCCUGAUUUCAAGAAGGGUUCAUGUAAGCAAGGGGAUAUGUGUGAGUAUGCUCAUGGUGUGUUUGAAUGUUGGCUACACCCUGCUCAAUACAGAACACGUUUGUGCAAAGAUGGGACAGGUUGCAAUCGAAGGGUUUGCUUCUUUGCUCACUUGAAAGAGGAGUUACGUCCCUUGUACGCUUCCACUGGCUCUGGAUUGCCAUCUCCUCGGUCUUCUUCAGCCUCUACUAUGGACAUGGCUUCUGUUUUGAACAUGUUACCAGGCUCACCAUCUGCUCCACUCUCUCCUUCUGGAAACGGUGUGUCAUCUAUGGGUUGGCCUCAACAGAACAUACCUGCGUUGCAUCUUCCUGGAAGCAAUGUCCAGCUGAGUCGUCUGAGAUCUUCUUUAAACGCGAGAGAUAUUCCUUCUGAGCAGUUCAGCAUGCUGCAAGAGUAUGAGAUGCAGCGUCAGCUCGUUGGAGAAUUGUCCUCUAGUCCACGCUUUAUGAAUCAUCAUUCCGCUCGUCCCAAGACCUUGUUGACCCCUUCGAACCUGGAGGAACAUUUCUCAGCAGCAGAGGUUUCAUCUCCUCGUUUCUCUGAUCAACUUGCUGUCUCUUCUGUUCUAUCACCUUCCCAUAAGUCUGCGCUACUUAAUCAGCUGCAGAGUAAUAAGCAGCAUCAGCAGCAGAGCAUGCUUUCUCCUAUUAGGACAAAUCUAAUGUCUUCUUCUCCAAAGCAUGUAGAGCAGCAGCAUUCUCUGAUGCAACAAGCCUCGUCACCACGAGCAGUCAUGGAGCCUAUUUCACCAAUGAACGCUCGAAUGAAACAGCAGCAGCUGCAGCAUUCACGUAGCCUUAGCUCCCGUGAGUUUGGAUCCAAUCUGCCUCGUGAUAUGAUGAUGCAGAGUGAUUGUGGUUCGCCGCUAAGUCCAUGGUCAAGUUGGGACCAGAACCAUGGAAGCAAGGUGGACUGGUCGGUACAGUCAGAUGAGUUAGGGAGGUUGAGAAAGUCUCAUUCCUUGGCUAAUAAUAAUAACUCAAACAGGGAAGCAGAUGUUACAUGGGUUCAGAAUAUGGUAAAAGAAUCUGCAUCACCUAGGAACAGCAGCAACCUAUCCAUGAACAUGAAUGGUGCAAGGCCAUUGGUUCAAGGGGGUUCGAGUGGGAACAACCCUCAUCACAGUGAUGGUCGUGAGAGUGACAUUCUUGAUGCGUGGCUGGAGCAGUUGCAGCUUGAUCGCUAACUCAGUGAGAGAGAGAGGUUGACGUUUCUGUGAAGCUGUGAAACUGAUGAAGAUUUGUUUAUUUAUUAUUCAAGAAAGCACAAAGGAAAGCCACAAACAAAAUCCUGGUAAGUGCUUUUUCGAUACUAAUAACACCCAAAAAGGUUCAGUUUUUUCAGACUUCUUUCUGAAAUUUCAUUACUUUGUUGUAUUUUUAUCUCAUUAAAUUGAUUGUUAUAUCUUUAUGUUGUAGCAAAGGGGGGUAAGUGUUCCUCUUUGCCUCAUUAUUUCCCUUAUUUUUUUUUUUAUGUAUUCUCGUUUCUCAGUUAUUUCUAAUAUCUCAAGUUAUAUUUGUUUAAUGAACAAUGUAUGAGAAAUAAUAACAUAUUGUUUCAGCUAAUAAGAUUCAUUUCCUC